UUGCGAAUCACGAUUCCUGACAGGGGAGAUACAUGCUUGCCCACACUUGCCCACUCUUGCCCACACAUCUCUCACACAUACUUGUAUCACUUCUGGUCCCCUUUCAUAACCUGGCCGCCUUGGUCUUUCCAUUUCUGAUCCGCCGUCGCGCUGUCCCCAAAAAGGCAUCCUACCCCCUUCGCCUGCCCCUCCAUCCUGUUGCUCACACCCUCAUACAUGGUACCUCCCUACCCCUAACUACUCUUCUACCCGACAAUCCCUUCUCUCUUUCACCCGCGCAUCGCCUGCUCGAGUCCCUCCCCUUCUCCCCCCUUUGCUGCUGCAGCUUUGCUCCUCGCUGGGUGCUGCUUCAGUUGCUGCUCACCACAUUGCCGCCCAAAGCCAUCGCUUCUGCGGACCUGAUUCGACUAUACACAGACUCCGGGUGUUUGGUGCGACCGAGUAUCACAUCAGCCGACCUCCGACCAACCCAUUCAUACCCCUUGGCCAAGCUCCUUGAACUCGCACAAGCAAGCCGUUUCGUUGGACCAGAAUUCGAGAGAGCCUCCGAGUCAGCAUCAGAAUCCCGUCGUCGGGGUUCAUUUGAGGGGAAACUUGGCAGAAAAAGGAAAAACAACAGAAAAAAAAAAGGAAUAAGAGUCCUUGUCUCGAAUUGCGACCCGGAGCAGAUCCACCAUUGCCGACCAAACCAGAUCGUGGCAAUAUUGUCUAUUUCAACGGCAUCGCGCAGUCCCGCGACAAGCAGUUUAUUCAAACUAGGCGAUUCCUGGCAGGCAGGCCACCGCACCCUUCCAAAGACCAGACAAACCGGGUGCGGAGCGGGAAUCUGAUCGCAAAAAGGGAAGAGCGGGAGGAAAC